GGUGGAGCGGAGGCGUGGGUGCUGACUGAGACUUCACUGACUGAACAGAUGGCACAGAACUGAAGUGAGGCAGAACCGAGAGGUAGCAGGGCCUGCUGGCAGAGCUGCACAUCUGUCUGUACCUCAAGCUGCAGACUGGACCAGAGAUGCCUCCCCGCAGGGUGCGGCCUCCUCGUGUGCACAGACCCCCCUCUGCAGUGCGCUGCUUCACCAAGGAGGGCAGCUGGAGCUUUUGCUUCGCAGGAGCUGGCUUCCUGGGGCUCUACCAUGUGGGCGUGACUCAAUGUCUGCAGGAGCGAGCCCCACGAAUCCUCCAUGGCGCCCGCUGCUUCUAUGGCUCCUCGUCAGGGGCGCUCCAUGCAGUCUGCGUCAUCAGUAGCAAGUCGGCUGAAUAUGGCUGCUUCCACCUCCUGAGCUUGCAGAAACAGGUGGAGGAACUGAGCCUGGGCAUCUUCCACCCCGCCUUCAUGCCCAUAGAGCACAUCCGCCAGCAGCUGCAAAAAAUGCUCCCCUCCAAUGUGCACAUCUUGGCUUCCAAGCGCCUGGGCAUCUCGCUCACCCGCUGGUAUGAUAGACAGAAUGUGAUCAUCACUGACUUUGCCAGCCGAGAGGAGAUCAUCCAGGCCUUGGUCUGCUCAAUGUACUUUCCUUUCUACUGUGGGUUGAUUCCCCCCGAAUUCAGAGGGGAGCGCUACAUCGAUGGGGCCCUGAGCAACAACCUGCCUUUUUCACACUGUCCUGCCACCAUCACCGUGUCUCCCUUCCAUGGCAAUGUGGACAUCUGUCCCGAGAGCAACCUGAACUUAAUUAAAGACCACACAACCAUAAACAACAAGCUUCAGGCCUAUGCCUUAAACCUCAUUUGGGGGGUUGCUUCCCUCAUGCCCCCAAACCUUGAGGUGGUGGCUGACAGCUGCAGACAAGGCUACCUGGAUACCCUGAGGUUCCUGGAGAGACAUGGAGUCACCAAGGAGCCUGUGAUGUGGACACUGGUGUGUGAGAAGCCUGUGAGUACAGCAGAUAGGAGCCAGGCUGCCUGCCGUGGAAGAGAUGAGAAAGAGGAGUUGACUGUUGACUUGGCAGUGCCCAGCAUGCAGGUGCAGGACGUGUCUGACUUCACGAAGCUGUCCCCAGAGCUGGAGGCUGCUCUACAGAAGGCAUGCACCAGGGACUCCUGCCUCUGGGCCCAUUUCUGGCGAUCAAGACCUGGGAAGACACUGACCUAUUUGCUGUUGCCAUGUGUGUUGCCCUUUGAGUAUAUCUAUUUCCGGAGCAAAAGGCUGUUGAUAUGGCUGCCUGAGGUGCCGGCUGACUUCAGGUGGAUGCACUGCAUGCUGACAGACGCAAGCCUGCACAUCUGCUCCAGGACUAAGAGCCAGCUGCUCAGGCUGCUCAGCGCCUGUUCACCAGCCCAUCCUGUCUGGGGCAGCUCUGCUCUUGAACAUGACCAUCAAUCAAGCCUGCCCAUUAGACCUGAGGGCACCAGGUUGGACAGACAGUGACAGGCCUCCCCUGACACUGUCCUGGCCCCACCGACAGGUCCCCACCUCUGUCCCUAGUUCCUGAGUGCUGACCUUUCUCUGGAGCCAGUCCCCUGCUCACUGGCAUUUCUGGCCAUGUGGAGGACAAGGGUCAGCUUGCCUGUCCCCUGAGACUGCCCAGGCCUUGUGGGUGGCUGGCCUCCAACAGCCAGAGAGGCCCCAGAACCCAUCCUCCUGAAGGAUGUGCCCUGGAGCGGUGCCCUGGGGCUUGGGUACUUGUCUCCUGGAGAGGAUCACACUCAUGGGAUGUUCC